AUGAUGUAUCUAGCGAUAAUCUAUUUUGGGGUUUUAACAAUGGUUUGGACCGAUGGUUUUCUGUUAUCGUCAUCGAAGAAUAAGCAGGAUAAUUGUUGUGUUAUGUCUAAAUUAAAUAUCAAUGCAACACGAUCAAAUUUAGGACGAGCAUUUUUUGAAAGUUUAAUUAAAGAUAACCAAUCAUUUAAAAAUGUUAAUGAACAAAAUAUGUGUAUGUUUGUUUUAUAUGAUUCAUCAAAACAACUUUUUAAACGUCUGAUGCAAGCUAAAAAUACACAAAAACAUAGUGAUGAGCAUCAAACUGGCUACUUAAAUCGAUUAAAACAAUUUGCAUUGCAUCCUAUCAAAUCCAUAUUUAAAAGUAAAGAAUUAAAUAAAUCUAUUCCAGAUGCAUUUAUCUACGUUCGUGGUGAUGAAUCCUCACAUUUUCGUGAACGUGGUUCAAAAAAACUUCGAAAUACAAAGUAUCCAGCCUAUGGAAUGGAUAUAACACACGGUUGUCUACCGAAUCGAUUUGGUCACAUAUUGUUUGGUGAAUUAAAACCAUUAUAUGACAAUAAUAGUAUACCCUAUUCAGGUGAUCGUAUUUAUAUCAAACCAGAAGAAUUUGGUAUACAAAAAUUUAAACAUUAUAUUAGACAUUCUACUAAUUAUAUUCAACAUAUGUCUCGUCGUGUACUAUGUCGAUUAAAAAAAUUUAUCAGUACACCAAUUUGUUCAAAAGAUGCAGCAUUUCGUGAAAAUACCGAUGCAACACUCACAAGCAAAUGGAAUCAAAUAUUGUCAACAAUAUCAUCGAUUAAAGAAAAAUUCAAUGAAUUUAGACAAAAUGCCACAAAAAGUGGAAUAUAUGAAAUAUAUCGGCAAACAUCAUUGUUUAAAUCAUUGAAACCAGUCAAAGAUUUUCGAGAUGAAAUCGAGAAAAAAUACGGAGCGGAUGCUAUUGCUAGAAAAGGACAUGAAAUUAUAUUUACUACCGAACAAUUACUCGGCAGUCCACAAUCAUGUGAAGCAAAAAUGAUUGAUGAUCUAACACAACCUAAAUGUCCAUUGCAUGAAGGUAGUUGA